GCGCGAGCGGACACGGAUGGGCAAGCGGAAAUGGACAAGGGAAUGGAACCGGCACGGGAAGGGAAACGGACGCGGAAAGGGGAAAGGAAAGGGACACGAUGGUGAGGUCAGAAUCCGAUUUGAUGUACUCAAGUUACUGUAUUGAUAACUGAGUCAUUGAGAGAUCCACGCUUGAAGGAUACUGUACCGACGGUGUCCAACCGUGAGUAUUUCGAACUCCCCAAUACCCUCCAGUAUUUUCAACCGCCAAGUUGAAAGAAAGCCCCGUUCCGCUGCCGUUCUCGCCUUGCACCUUCGCCACCAAGAUGGCAUCGUUAGAGAUAGACUUUACAAAAAGGGAGUGUCUGGUAAAUGGCAAGUUUAGAGUUAGUCACGGGCGCUUUGGAGACUCGGAUGGUAAAGAGAGUAGAGGAAAACAUAUUCAUUCGAUGUCAGAGUUUCGAUACGACUCGAAUUUCAUGACUGAAUCCCGUCCUAUCACGGUCACGUUCCUUCUCUCCAUCCUUCUCCGGUGACGGCGACCUGGAAGUCCACCCAGCUCCUUCUUACUCUCCACCAUACCGUUCAUUUAAUUAUGCGGACCAGUAACUCACUGCCCCUCACACUUUUGAGAUGUCUUGAUGGAACCGGGCCCGUGGAACGUUGAGAGCACGAAUGUAUGACGGUAGGGGUAGUAGCAGGAUGCAAAGCGCAGGAGGGGAUGCGGAUGUCGCAUCCUCUGGGCUCUUCUCUUUCUCUCGACAUCUCGCUUGGGAGAGCUA